AUGAUAGAGCCUCUCCAAACCACUUUGCAACCCGACAAUGCUUACCAGAAGGCAAAGGAAUCAGAGAUCUACACAUAUUCUAUACCACUCAGUCCGGUCAUGGAUGAACAACACCAUCACAAGGCACCAAACCACAGCCGACCUCUACUAUACAUCCCCAACACAUUAUGGACGCGAUUAUUUGCAGCAACGGUGAUCACCGAGACGGUCCUCACAGUCGCAAUUGAAAGCUGGAUUCUCAUGAGCCUGUGGGACGACCUCGACGACGACAAAAAAGCGGACGGACCAAUGCGCCUUCAGUCAUUCCUAGGCUUAUACAUUUUCGCUCUUAUAUACGAACUGGCUCUGUCAUAUGAUGCACUGCGGCGGAAGAACACAAUCCAGCUGGUCGGAGUCUGCAUCUGUAAUCUGGGUCUGUUAACAUAUGGCAUUCUCCAGAUACAGGAGAUCAAGGACACCAUCUCCAGCCUGACCGGUGAAACCCUCAGCGACCAUCUUGGAGACUUGUAUCACAUUGAGAUCAUUCUUGUCCCGGUUUUUUUGGGUAUCGGGACUGUGUGCAUGAGCUUUUUCACGUGGAAGUUGCGCGCGGAGUUCUCGUGGUCUAUAUACAAGAAUAUCAGCGCGGAUUUGCAGAUGAAGCGUCGAUAUUUUACAUUUCAGGUGUAUAUCGCUCUCCUAAAAUUCGAUUUCUUCUUCGUAUUUGGAAGUCAACUUCAAAUCCUUCUUGUUGUCUUUCAAACCGCAGACCUCGAUUUCAUCCUCAACGCCGCUUUAAUCCCACUCACCAUAGGGACCUUGGUCCUGUCGGCUCAAUUUUGCAAGCGUGAGAAAACGAAAUCUCUCAUAUUGAUGAUGUUCUUUAUGCUUAUUAUAAUGGGAUGCUUCGGCCUUACCCUCUAUCGAAUUCACGCCCCCACGGAGAGCGCUGAUUUCAGUUCUGUCCGGGUGUCCCUGACAUUAUUCGCAGCUCUAUCAUUUCUGCUGAUGGUUCUCACGAUCGUCAACGCCGUGGUGUGUAUGCUUAAUUUCAAUAAAGGAUUGAAGAUUCACAUCAACCCUCCUAAAAAGCGGAAAACGUCAGUCUCGUUGGAGCUCGAAUCCCAAGAGACACCUUCACGGUUCCUGUUGAACUAG